GGGGAUUGAAGUGCGCGCUAAAACACUAUGGACUGGCCUAUAUUGAGUUCCAAUCAAAAUUAUUGUUGCACCUUGUUUGGAAGGAGCAUUGUGGUUCAAAUUGGGCCAUCAUAGCAGACAAGUUAUCCGACCAAGAUUCUAUCGCUUUCCGUCUCCCUCGUCUCAGCCCCAGUCAGCCCCAGCUGUUUUAUUAUUCCCAAGGCCUGGUGCAAUAGGAUCAAGAUGCGCUCCCCAGACGUCACCGUCAUCAUCUUGUCCCUGGCCGUGCCUUUGACCCUGGCUUCGUCCCCCUUGAAUGAAAAGCAUGCCUUCACCCUUCACCAGGUCCGCAACCCCAAACACAUAAAAAGCGGCGCCCGCGCUCUAGCCCACGCCUAUCGCAAAUACGGCGUCCCUAUCCCUGAAGCCCUCGCCAACGCCGUCGAUGUAGCAUCCCUCCCCGCAAAACGGGAUGUUAUUGCGGGCAGCCUAGUAGCUUCCCCUGAGCAGUAUGACUCAGAGUAUUUGGUCCCGUUCCUCAUCGGCACGCCGUCGCAGAACUUCACCCUGAACAUCGACACGGGGUCAGCCGACCUCUGGGUCUUCAGCAACCAGCUGUCGACGACUGAAUCGGCGGGCCACAACGUGUAUAAUCCGGGUGCCAGCACCACGUCGCGGCAGCUGACGGGCUACAACUGGUCGGUGCAGUACGGCGACUGCGGCAGUGGCAUCCUCAGUCAAAACUGUAACAGUGCUUCUGGCGACGUAUAUAACGACGUGGUGAAUUUGGCUGGUAUCUCGUACGAUCAGCAGGCCGUAGAAACGGCCAGCCAACUUUCAGACGACUUUGUCGAGGAUACGAGCAGUGAUGGGCUCGUCGGGUUGGCCUUCGGCUCGUUGAAUUCGGUGCAGCCGAACAAACAACGGACCUUUUUCGAAAAUGUUAAAUCCUCGCUGGCUAGUCCGAUAUUUGCGGCUGAUGACUUUGGCUACAUCGACACGUCCAAAUUCAGCGGGCCCAUGACAUACACCGCUGUCGACACCAGCAACGGAUUCUGGGAAUUCACCGCGUCGGGCUACUCCAUCGGCGAUGAUGAGUCAAACGACCAUAUUACCGGCAUAGUCGACACGGGGACCUCGCUCCUGCUACUCGACCAGAGUAUUGUCCAGUCGUACUAUGAACAAGUCUCAGGGGCGUAUAACUCGAACACGUACGGCGGAUAUACCUUCGACUGUGACGUCAACCUGCCCGACUUUACCUUCAAGAUUGCUAGUACAGGCGAAGCUGAUGCGAGCAUUGUGGUUCCUGCAAGGCACAUCAACUACGCCCCCGUGUCGGAGGGCUCGUCGACGUGCUUCGGGGGUGUGCAGUCCAACUCGGGCAUUGGCUUCACCAUUUUUGGGGACGUGGCGCUGAAGGCGGCCUAUGUCGUCUUCGAUGGGUCGAACGCGCCGCGCUUAGGAUUUGCUUCUAAGCCGACUUAGUGUUGAUCUUCUACCGUGGCUCCUCGGGAGCUCAUGUCAGCACAUAGUAUUCUUUCACCCUAACUAUCUCGGAGAUUUCCCUUCAAGUGACUUGAAAGCUUGUUACAAAUAAGAUAUCGAACCGGGUAUGUGGAAUGUAGGGGUGGUUUAAUGUCUGAGGAUGGUAUCUAUGAUACCUCUGAAUCGCAACAUCGUCCAGUCACCGAGUUUUUACAGCACUGUAACUCAAAAAACCAACCCAUCACGCUCGGGGGCUUUUUUUCGGGAGAUGACCGCUUCCAAUGCUCGAAACCGUACAACAUUAUAUCUUCACAGCGAAUGCUGUGAU